CUUUAUCCCUAAUCCUCCAUUUCUCCGCUUCUAAGUUCUAACCGAGCCCCUAGAAACCCUAGUUCUUCGUCCUCUCCAUAACCGUAGCUCUAUUUCCCUGCAAAAAUCUCCAAACGGCAACAGAAGGUGUGAAACCCAAGCUUACCCGGUGGCCGAUGAGCUGCUCACCGCAACGAUGAUGCACUUGGUUCAACUAGCUGCCAACUAUAAGCAUCUUUAAAAGCUCUAGGUUGAGCAUGUAGCAUUACCCGACCUGUGAUUGCUUGUUCCAAGACAAGCAAUGAAGGAAGUGAGUUGAAAUCUCAAAUACAGCAGCUCAAGGAUACCCUCGAGAAACUCAAUACCAGAUUCACUUUGAGGCUUUGACUGACGAAGUUAGCCUGCGAUGCUGCCAUCUCUUCUCCGUUUAAUGAAUUCCAUGUUUGAAAAACAGAGGGGGCAAUAUGGUCAUUCCAAGUGAAAAAAAGGGGGAAAGUUGAGAAUGCUGGACGCUGGCCAUCCUAAUAUUCCAAUUUCCUAAAUCGAUUUUAACCUAACAUUUGAAACAAACGAAGAACGAAGAAGGAAGAACGUAAAAAGAGAAGGAAGAAAGAAGGGAAUCUGUCUCCAUCAACUGUGAAGUUUACCUACGUUUGCCAUUCUCCAUCAACUCUACUUGAAGUAGCAACAACAAUGGCUAAUUCGUCUUCUGCGACUGGAAUGGGUUCUGCGCCCAUUACUCUCCGACUAAGAGAUGGAGUUGGCCCAUUUUCAGUUUUCCUUUUUCAUAAUGGGAUAAUAAAUAGAGUUGGUGAAGUUAAAUAUUUGGGCGGUGAUGUGCAAGUGUAUGCCAAAAUGGAAGCUAAUGAAGUGUGUUUAACUGUGUUGAAAGAUAAGAUGAAACAAUUAGGGUAUUGUGAAAUAGGAACACUCAUUUAUUGUUAUUGGAAUGGUAGUUUGAAGUUACUACAAUCAGAUAAUGAUGUGAUAUCUAUAUUGAAUGAGGUCAAUCCAGAUAAUAUGUUGGAGUUAUGGGUUGAAACAAUGGAUGAGUUAAAUUUGAUUGAUGCAGAAAUUGAGGUAGUUGAGUCAGAUGGUGAUUGGGAAAGUGAGGUUGAGGUAGACUGUGUUGGUUUAGAUAAGCAGGUUGGUGUAGUGGUUGGGGAUGAUUUAAUUGCAGACCAAAAAAGGGACCCUAAAGUAGAAAAAGAAGGUGAAACAAUGACAAAGAAUAUGGAGGAUGAAAUAAACUUUUCUGAUGAGGACUCAAUAGUGGAUUCUGAUAGUGAUGGUGAAGUUAAAUGGCCUGUAUUUAGAGCUGCAACUGACAUGCAAGAUCCCCAUUUUACUUUAGGCAUGACUUUUGCAUCCAAGCAACAGUUUAGAGAAGCAGUGCGAAAUUAUGCUUUCAAUAAUGGGAAAAAAAUUAGAACUGUUAAAAAUGACAAGGUGAGGGUAAUUGUUCAGUGUACACAGGAGGGUUGUCCUUGGAGAAUAGGGUUGAGGAAAGUAAUUAACUCACUGUCUUGGAGGAUUUUGAAGAUGAUAGAUGAACAUGCCGGGUGUUCAUUGGUUUUGGAGAAUUCUGCCAAGGUUGGUAGACCAAAGAUGCUAAGAAAAAAAUUUGCUGGUGAAUUGAGUCAAGAUGGAAUUUCAGUGUCAAGAAAGCAUAUUCAACUACAUUGUUCCCUUUGUAGGCAAGCUGGACAUAAUUUAAGGAAGUGUCCAUCUAAUCCAAAUCAAGAUUUGAAGCCAAAGAAGAGGAUCAUUUAUGCCACCAAACAAAUUCCCAUUUGCAUGCCUUCACAUGCCACUAGGCAGCAGCAGGGGGACCAAAGUGGCCAAGGGCAGCAGCAACAAGUGGACCAAAAUGAGAAUGGACUACAGGAGGGAGACCAAUAUCAAUUAGGACAGCAGCAGGGGAACCAAAAUGACCAAGGUCAGCAGCAACAAGUGGACCAAAAUGACAAUGGACAACAGGAGGGAGACCAAAAUCAAUUAGGACAGCAGCAGGAGAACCAAAGUGAGCAAGGUCAGCAGCAACAAGGCAAAUCCAUGUCCAAAACCACAAAGAAAACCACUAUGAGGCAAUCCAAUCGGAAAAAACCAUACUAUACAAGGAGCAAGACAACCAUGAAGUCCAAAUUCUUUGGAAACAAGGAUGCCCCUAUUAACAUUGAAUGAAUGAAGAUAACCCUUUGAUUGUUUUUGGGAAAACAGAUUGAGUUGAAACUUUAAACUCAAUUUGUUGUAUUUUAAUGGAAAAUGCAGUAUGUAGACAACCAUGUAGUGUUGGUUAAUGCUUUGAAACUUGAAGUCAGUUUUUGGAAUUGUCCAUGUAGGUGGUUAAUGAAUUCUGUACAUUACUAACAGUCACUUUUUGGAAUUGCAAUGUAGUCUUGGUUAAUGAAUUGUGUACAUUACCAACAGGCAGUUUUUGGAAA